UUGAUAGUUGUUCAAACUGACGUGUGUUUUUUGAUGUUUUGGACUGUUUAUUCGAGAAGAGCGUAGAUUAAUUUCGUAUUUGUGGUUUAAGAAACAAAAAUAUUCAAAUUAAAACGAAAUGUUUAGCGGUUGCAAUUAGAGUACAUUUUAGGAUACAAAAAAAUCUCUUCGGGGACUUUGUGGUUUAAAAACUAUGUUAUUCUAAUUAAUGAUCCCUUUAUACGUAGACACGUAAAAUUAUUUAUUUUGGUCUAAAAGUCAAUUAUUACGACAUGAGUCGCUUACAUCUUUUAGUAAUCUACUUAUGUAUUAGUCUCUCUGCUGCUGAGCUUCUCGGCCCAGAGAAACGUAAGAACAAGGAGAAAAUGGAAGAAGACGAUGCCGAUCCUCCUGAGGACAGUGAUGCAAAAGCCAAAGCUACUAUGGAGUAUCUUACAAGGCUUAAACAGGACUUGGUUUAUCUACAAAAUGCUGCGGAUGCAAUCAAGCAGAAUGUUGAUAAGGAUGAAGAGAUAGCGGACACUUUAAAAGAACUCUUUAAGAUUCCUACAAAAAACUCUGAUGAAAAUUUGGAGGAAAUGAAAUAUGCCCUGAAAGUUAUAAAAAGACAUCCCUUUCUGACACAAACAGGAGCCAUGUUGAAUACCGGCACAAGGAGCAGCAAGGUCCAUGACAUUCAUCAUCAGAAAGGUGAGACAGGAUAUGAAGACAUCUUCUCGAUCAUACAAGAUUUGUCUGUAGAAAAAGAACCAGAGUUGUCUCCUGAAUUAGAAGAAGCCAAGGAGCUGUUCGACGCCGCUAUGCAGAAGUUGGAGCGGCGAUCUGCGGACGUGAGCGGCGCCGUGCAGCAGGUGCAGCGCGCAGCGGAGCGCGGCUACGCCCCUGCCAGGGUCCAGCUCGCCUGGUCAUACAUUUUCGGCGAGGGGGUCGACCUCGACAUCGACAAGGGCAAGGAAAUAUUCGAGGAACUGGCUAAUGAAGGGAACGCAGACGCUCACGCUGGCGUGGGGUUCCUGCACGCGACGGGGCUGGGCGUGAGCGUGUCGCAGGCGCGCGCGCUGCUGCACUACACGCUGGGCGCGCUGGCCGGCAGCGACUUCGCGCAGAUGGCGCUGGCGUACCGGCACUGGGCCGCCGUCACCGUGCCCGCCUCCUGCCCCAAGGCCAUGCAGCUGUACAUGAAGGUCGCCGCCAAAGUGGCGGGCAAGGUGUCGCUGAGCGGCGGGCCGGCGGUGCAGCGCGUGCGGCUGCUGGACGAGGCGGAGGGCGGCGGCGGCGCGCUCGACACCGACCUCAUCGAGUACUACCAGCUGCUGGCCGACAAGGGAGACGUGCAGGCGCAGGUGGGCCUGGGCCAGCUGCACUUCCAGGGCGGGCGCGGCGUGACGCUGGACGUGCGCAAGGCGCAGCACUACUUCCAGCAGGCCGCCAACGCCGGCAACGCCGUCGCAAACGCCUUCCUAGGAAAGAUCUACCUGGAGGGCGGCGACGGCGUUAAACCGGACAACGAGACUGCGCUGCGCUACUUCCGCAAGGCCGCCGAGCUCAACAACCCCGUCGGCCAGAGCGGGCUCGGCCUCAUGUACCUGCAGGGACGCGGCGUGCCGCGGGACACCACCGCCGCGCUCAAGUACUUCACCAUGGCGGCCAACCAGGGCUGGGUGGAGGGCCAGCUGCACCUCGGCUUCAUGUACUUCGGCGGCAUCGGCGUGCGGCGCGACUUCAAGCAGGCCAACAAGUACUUCUCCCUGGCCUCGCAGUCGGGCCACGUGCUGGCGCUCUACCACCUCGCGCAGAUGCACCCCGCCCCGCCCUCAUGUCUCGCCGCGCUCACGUGUUGCAGGAUAGCGUCUGAGCAGCUGCACAGCGCGCAGGCCACCUUCAACCUGGGCUACAUGCACGAGCGCGGCCUGGGCCUGGCGCGCGACCCCCACCUCGCCAAGCGCUGCUACGACCUGGCCGCGGACAGCUCGCCCGACGCCCGCCUGCCCGCCGCCCUCGCCCUGGCCCGCCUGCACGCCGCCGCCGCCCUGGACCACAUCGCGCACACGGUGAUGGAGAGCCCGCUGGCGUGGCUGCUGGUGUCGGCGGAGUCCAGUCUGCUGGCCAGCUGGGACGCAUACCUCAUCGCCGCGCUCGCCGCCGCCCUCGCCCUCGUCGUGCUGCUGCGCCGCCCACCACAGGCACCCCCCCACCACUGAAUCAUCGACAAAACUAUUGCAUAGUCAAAUGAUCGAUGUAAUCGUGACACUGACACGACACGACAUGACAUGACACCCCGCGCUCUAACGACCGAUUGCUGUUCCUGUUAUAUAUACAAAUUAUAUAAAAUUAGAUUAGAUAUGACAGCGACAUAUAUCUGAUCUGUCUCAUCUGCGAGCAACAUAUACUUUCAAUAGCUUUUUAUUUAUCAUAAAUUAGUUUGAAUGUAUUCGGCACAUAAACAAACAAACAAACAAACAGUAUAUAUAUUUUCUAAUGGUGGUCACGUUCUGGUUUACUGUACAAGUAAGAACUUUGUGAUGUUCAUAUCUAUAUGUUUAUUGCUUUUGAAUUUAUUUAUUUUGUGAAAUCCUUUUCAUUUCAUUAAACGACGCCGCCAUUGUACGUAAACAAUUAGCUAGCGUCACGACCGGUCCUGCAGCAGCACCACCGCACCGCCCCACCUUCUCUGCAUCGGCUGGCUCAAGUUCUGCCGGACUACGUAAUUUAAAUCAACGAUGAAAUGAUGUAAAUAUUGAAUAAAAAUAGAGUUUUUAAGUUAA